AUGACCCGGAAAAUGUGGGGCUUAAUUCCUGUGUUGGACUGCUCUCAGCUGCUGCGCCUUUGCCCUUCGCAGUGCAAACCUUCCGUCCUCCCCAUCACAGCCUCCGACCCCCGGGCAGACUCUGCACAUCGCACCAUGACAGACCAAGCUUUUGUGACGUUGGCCACAAAUGACAGCUACGCCAAGGGAGCGAUGGUUCUCGGCCAGUCGUUACGAGACCACAACACAACCAAAAAACUGGUUGCGCUCGUAGGACCUCAUGUUGCAGAACCUUGCAGGGAUGCGCUACGCUCCAUUUUCGACGAGGUGUGUGUGGUGGACGUCAUGGACUCGGGCGAUGCAGCUCACCUGGCCCUGAUGAAGCGUCCGGACCUGGGAGUAACGUUCACCAAACUGCACUGCUGGACACUGACACACUACAGCAAGUGUGUGUUCAUGGACGCAGACACACUGGUGCUGUCAAAUAUAGAUGAACUCUUUGAGAGGGAGGAGCUGUCUGCAGCACCAGAUCCUGGGUGGCCGGACUGUUUCAACUCCGGGGUUUUUGUCUUCAGACCGUCCAAUGAGACACAUGAGAAGCUGCUCACAUUCUGCGGUGAAAACGGCAGCUUUGACGGUGGAGAUCAGGGGGUCCUCAACAGUUACUUCAACACCUGGGCGACAGCAGAUAUUUCGAAACACCUUCCUUUCAUCUAUAACCUCAGCAGUAUCGCCAUUUACUCCUACCUGCCUGCUUUCAAACAGUACGGCCAUGACGCGAAGGUGGUGCACUUUCUGGGCAAGGUGAAGCCCUGGAACUACACAUAUGAUGCUCAGAGGGGCGAGGUCAAAGGUCACUCCCUGUCGCCCGAACAGUGCCACCUACACCCGGACUACCUGCUCAUGUGGUGGCAGCUGUAUGCCAAAUCUGUGCUGCCUUUACUGCAGCAGGCCUACAGGGACACACCCUUCAGCAGCGGCUUCGUCGAGGCGAGCGAGAACGGUAAGCUUCAUGAGGAUGUGAGAGAGCAGCCCACACGCUCUGCUCCUCCUCCCCAGAAGGUUUCAUCAGAGGAGAGGAAGCAGCGCUGGGAAGCGGGCCAGAUCGACUACAUGGGUGAUGACUCCUUCGCCAACAUCGAGCGAAAACUUGACUCCUUCUUAAAGUAGCAGUCAGGUGGGGGAGCGCGGCGGACGGAGAGAGAGCACCAUUUGAAGCUCUGUGUGGCCGGGGAUUUAACCACCGCUCAGCCAAUCACAGGGGCUUGAUUAGCAGGUGACUGAAUGAAUGCCUCCGUGCAACUUUCAGCCUCACACUCUGCAUCCUGUCAGUGUGUUUAAAUGACAGAGAGUAUAAGUUUGACACAAUUCCCAUGCACUCUUGCCAUUCAUUUUUUUUCUCUUAAAGGACUAGUUUGGCAUUUUGGCAAAUACGCUCACUUGCUUUCUUGCUGAGAGUUAGAUAAGAGGGUUGAUACCACUCACAUGCCUGUAUGGUAAAUAUGAAGCUUGGCUUAGCAUAAAGACAGGAAACAGGAUAAAACUGCUUGCCCCAUCUGCGACCUCAGACCUGUGCACACUGCUUUAUGAUUUGGUCACAUAGUUUUGCCAUGUAGAAAUCAAAAUGUUAUUUUUCUAACAUUAUCCAGCUGUGCCUUACAUCUUCAAACAUCUUUUUGUAAUCCCACAAAUGUUUACUGUCUGCUCAGAAUGACAAAAUGUUUAUACAGAGCAAAACCAGUUUGGAUAUCCAAUACGUAUUUCCAUUGAUGGCACUGAGCUGUUAGCUAUGAUAGACAGAGGCUGUGGCUGGAGCACAGGCUGUUGAAAUAUUAACUCUGGGUGGACAGUAAACACUUGUGACAUCAUGAAAAUACCUUUGGAGAUGCAAUUCACUGCGGAGGGGAAAAAAAAAAACAAAAUUUACCCAUGCAACGCUAUGUGACUGAAUCACAGGGUAAAGUAUGGAGUACAGAGGUUACAAAUAAAGAGAGAGCAAAUAAACAGUUUCUGUCCAAAGAUAACAAAAUCCACCUACCAGCCCCUCUAAACAUCACUAUUUAAGAUACUGUAUAUUUUUUGUUUCAUCUGUACAAAAACUUAAGUGUAUAAAUGACAAUUAGCUGUUGUUUGGAUGGUUAUGUACUAGGACUAUUUCUUGACCAGGCACAGUAACUUCCUCUGAGCCUAUCAACUGGUCCAGGCCAAGAAAUAGUCUGGCACAUAGACAUUUGAAAAACAGCUAAUUUUCAUUUUUAUGCUUUAGUUUUUCUACAGAUUGGACAAAUACUGUUUCUCUGUUUCUAGUCAUCAUGGUAAGCUGCUGGUGGUAGCUUCAUAUAGCUUGUCCUCUCAACAACAAAGUGACUGAGUACGCUUCCGGAAAUCUCUAACUACUCCUUUUUAGGUGUUCUUGUGUAUCUGGUGGAGAUGGAUUCAUAGUCCAGAGUCUUCCUAACCUGUGGAAAAUUUCAGCAACAACAGAAACCUGAAAAAAUAAUGCUGGGCCAAGCCUAUGGCUGCAGGGAAAUCAGUAAGUUUAAAAGUUGUUUCUGGAUUUCACCACAACUCCUUUCCUGCAAUAAGCCUCUACCUAAACCACUUUUAAGUGAAUAUGCAGCAACUGGCUUGAUCCCCUCUUGCCGUCUGUGCUCUCCUUUUCGGCCAGUUAUGACAAUCUCACUUUAACCUGACAGUGUUCGCCUCACCAGAGUACAUAGAUUAACGUUCCUAUCUGUGCCUCUGACACUCACCAGCUCCCUGUGACUUAAGCUUUGUAACGUCUGAUAUUGUAUUCGUAUUAGGGCUAGGCCUGUUGUGUUGUAUUUGCAUGGCACAGAGUUAAAAACAUGGGUCAGUGAUGAAGUUCUUCCACCCACAUCCUAAAGUGAUGUUGUCAGUCAGUUCUGUCAUGUAUUUGUGUGGGAUUGAACACUAGUGCGUCAUCUGUCAUCUGCAAAGCGGGCCCUGCAUGUUGUGUCCCUCCCAGACCCACAUCAGUGUAUCUUUGUGCCAUGACCUGGUUUUCAUCACUUCCUGUCUGUAGUAUAACCAGCUGCCUUAUUGCCAUUCACUGUUUACAAAACCUAAUUUACUGUAACUGCUGCUAGUAGCACAACAAACUUAACUUUGUUGAGCCCCUCCUUUCCUGUUGCCAAUACCUCCUUCACUUCACUCCAGCUUGUGUGCUGUUAAAAUAUAAUCUACAACUCUUAACAAUGAUUAAAAUACACUCCUUACUCUGCUGUACACUUUCCUGAUGAUGGAGAAGGUGGAGUGUAAUGUCUAUGAUUUAAUGCAGAUAUGUCCUGGUCUUCAGCUGUUAACCAUCCAUCCCUAAUAAAGAACUGUACAAAAACCCA